AUGAAAUCUCUUCCUGCUGACCUUCUUCCCCACUUUCUUGAACCGUUACAAAAUGAUCGGGAAUCAUUAAAGAACUGCUUAUUUGUCAACCGUUUUUGGUGUCGUACUACUUCACGAAUAUUAUGGAGAAACCCAUUUGCUAUGCUUCCUAAAGUCGAUCCCAAUAGUGCAAGUUGGCAUUCUAAUAAUAAUCAGCGACAACAAAAAUCAGAAAAUAAAAUGAUAAAUCGUCAAAAAGAAAGAUUAAUUUUGACAUACACAAUGUGUUUAUUACCUGAAGAAAAAUCAGCAUUAUUGAAAAUUCUAUUACCGCUUAAAGAUCAUGUACUCCUGCAUCAAUUGAUUAAUAACUACAACUAUAGUCGAUAUUCGUCACGUCCGACAUUUCGAUAUGAGAGAUACUUGGAAACUUUAAAUGACACUUCAUUGUUCAGUGCCAUUAAAGCCACUUUCGAGCCUUUGAAUAGACGGGGAAAAUCGACAACAUGCGAAGAAAUUCAAACAUUUCAAAUAUUCAUGAAAAUGUUUAUUACUCGGGCAACAAAGUUCCGACAAAUUGGUCUAGAAACAAUAUUUACAAAGAAUCCCUUAUUCGUAAAUGCGGCUGAUGACAUAAUGCAAACGAUCUCACGACGUCAAAAGAAAAUUCACUCAAUUUCUUUAUUGUUCAAACAACAACAACCGCUGCAAAACUACUACAUCCUUAAUAACAACAGCCGCAUUAACGCCAUAAAUUUUGAAAGAAAAGGAACAAUAAUAAAUUUGGAUAGUAUCAUCACAUUAAUUAAAUCACAGCGGAAUUUAGAAAAUUUUUGGAUAGAGUCUGCACGUGAUGACGAUUUAACGCAAGUUUUGGUUGCAUUACGACAACAUCAUUCGCGUACUUUACAGACAUUGUUAUUUUCAAAAUGCUCGUUUUCGCGGUUGGUUCCGGCUGAUUACUUUGCAGCUUUUGUGAAUUUGCGAGAGUUGGUAUUUUCGGAAUCGGAUGGCGUGCGUGGAAUUGAGAGUAUCUGGAAAGAAGGCUUCAAGAGUUUUGCCAUUCAAUUCUUAAUAAGGAUUCAGAGAUAUUCCAAUAAUGAAACGAUUGAAACCACCGAUGGUGAUAAAUUAAAAAACGUAAUAAUGGCUCAAAAUGAACUCGAAUGGCUAGAAUUGAGUUUGUUAGCUUCCACUACUAUCAGUAGUGGUCUUCAAUCUUCGUCUCACAUAUUCGGCGCCAUUCGAUUUUACAAGAUUAAUCGAUCGCUAUUCCGAACCUGCGAAAUUUUUAUGAAAUUAGAAUUUCUAGUGAUUGGAGGAACAUUCGGACAAAUGCCACUAGCAUUCAUCAAGCAUAUAAUCGAAAAAAGAAUAGCCAUGGUUGCGGAAUUACUACCUUUUACACUUAUACACGCUCAGCAUUUACGAGCUCUAGAGCUAAACUUAGAGCAGCUUUCCUCUUUACUAGAACCUUCGAGCUGUCGACUUUUAUACUUUAAUUAUAACGAUAGGUGA